UCUUUACUUUCGCCUCCCGUCCAGUCGAGCGUCCCAUGAAGCGAAGAGUCGCAGCUGCCGCUCAGAUUCGGGGAGCUUACCCGUAAGGAGAGUGUGUGAAGACAUAAGAAAGAGCCUAAAGUGCGAGAUUGACCAGUUAACCUUGCAUGCAUUGACCCCUUCGAUAGUCCCAUCGAACCCCAAGGAACAACAACGGCCACCUGGGCUAGCCUUCCCUCGUCUCCAAGACCCGGGAGAGGAGCACGAGUUCCCUCACUGCCUUCGUUUCUGAUCAGUCUCUCUGGAUGACGCCCGAGGAAAGGCACGCGCGGUCACUCUGCUGAGACGAAUUUACCGGGACAGUGUGAAGAAAUAAGGAUGACGAUGAAUAUCUUCGCCGGCUGGAUGCCUUUGGCCCCACUCACGGACGAGGAAAUUUAUGGCACAGGAGUCAGUAUGAAAGAAGAGCUCAGCGAAGAUAUUUCCGAGGAUACUUGUAUUGAAAUUAAAGAAGAACCGUUUGAAUAUGCAGAUAAAGAGAGGGAUGAGGUGAACGACGAGAAAGUGAAACAUAAAUGUCUCUUCUUUCAUUAUCUCGAUGAAUUAAAACAUAAAUCAAAUGCGAAGAACACGUGUAAGUUGGUUGAGUAUCGUAAUGGCGUGUUGUUAAGAGCGCCAUAUGUGGCUGAGAAUUCUCUGAAUAAGAUUUCAUCAGAUUGUGAUCAGGCAAUACAUAUUGAAAGUCUUAAGCAGGAUACACAGCCAAAAGUGGAAGCUACAUUGGAACGUUUUGCAUGUGAAGUAGAUGGCAAGAAAUUCUCACAAAAGAGAAAUAUCAACAUUAACAUGAGAGUUCACACAAAGGAGAAGUCGUUCAGCUGUAAGAUUUGCAGCAAGGCCUUCUCUGAGAAAGGUACUCUAGUAGAGCACAUGAGAGUACAUACAAAGGAGAAGCCAUUCAGCUGUGAGAUUUGCAGCAAGGCCUUCUCUCGGAAAGGUGCUCUAGUACAGCACAUGAGAGUACAUACAAAGGAGAAGCCAUUCAGCUGUGAGAUUUGCAGCAAGGCCUUCUCUCAGAAAGGUCAUCUAGUACAGCACAUGAGAGUACAUACAAAGGAUAAGCCAUUCAGCUGUGAGAUUUGUAGCAAGGCCUUCUCUCAGAAAGGUCAUCUAGGAGAGCACAUGAGAAUACAUACAAAGGAGAAGCCAUUCAGCUGUGAGAUUUGCAGCAAGGCCUUCUCUGAGAAAGGUACUCUAGUAAAGCACAUGAGAAUACAUACAAAGGAGAAGCCAUUCAGCUGUGAGAUUUGCAGCAAGGCCUUCUCUGAGAAAGGUACUAUAGUACAGCACAUGAGAAAACAUACAAAGGAGAAGCCAUUCAGCUGUGAGAUUUGCAGCAAGGCCUUCCCUAAGAAAAAUAAUCUAGUAAAGCACAUGGGAGUACAUACAAAGGAGAAGCCAUUCAGCUGUGAGUUUUGCAGCAAGGCCUUCUCUUUGAAAGGUACUCUAGUAAAGCACAGGAGAGUACAUACAAAGGAGAGGCUAUUCGGCUGUGAGAUUUGCAGCAAGGCCUUCUCUCUGAAGGGUACCCUAGUAGAGCACAUGAGAGUACAUACAAAGGAGAAGCCAUUCAGCUGUGAGAUUUGCAGUAAGGCCUUCUCUCAGAAAGGUCAUCUAGUACAGCACAUGAGAGUACAUACAAAGGAUAAGCCAUUCAGGUGUGAGAUUUGCAGCAAGGCCUUCUCUCGGAAUGGUACUCUAGUAAAGCACAUGAGAGUACAUACAAAGGAGAAGCCAUUCAGCUGUGAGAUUUGCAGCAAGGCCUUCUCUGAAACAGGCCAUCUAGUAAGGCACAAGAGAAUACAUACAAAGGAGAAGCUAUUCAGCUGUAAGAUUUGCAGCAAGGCCUUCUCUCGGAAAGGUUAUCUAGUAAUGCACAUACAAAGAAGAAAUCAUUAAGGUAUGAAAUUUGCAACAAGGUUUUUCACGAAGAAAUGAUCUAGUUAGACAUACAAGAGUACGUGAUAUUGCAAUGCAGGGAGUAACCUUACUGCUGUAACAUUUACAAUAAAGCCUCACUUGGAAAUAGCCUAGUGAACUAUAUGAUAUUACAUACAAAGGAGCCAUACUAUUGUGUGAUAUGCUACAGUUGUAAAAUCUAUAAUAACUAGUCUAUCGAGCCAUUAGAGAGGAUAAGCACAAAGGAUAAGCCGUAUGAUCUAGUGCAACACAUAUUAACCCAAAGAAGACAUUUCUUGGGGAACACGUGACGGUAUCAAAUACCAUUAUAUUUCAUCUAAAAGGAACAAACUUCUUGAUACAAUUGGGAAAGAAUUA